AUGAGUACCAGUACUAGUGAGGAAGCCAGCGAAACUAAGAAAGUUACCUUGAAAAGUUGUGACGAUGUCGAGUUCAAAGUCGACAUACCUGUCGCCAACGUCGGUGAAAGCGAUCAAUCAAUCCCUCUUCCUAACGUCAGCGAAAAAGUUUUAAAAAAGGUUCUCGAAUGGUGCGAACAUCACGUUAAUGACCCGCAACCUACUAAUGAUGAUGAUGAUUCUCGCCGGAGAAAUACAGAGAUUGAUGAUUGGGACCAAAGAUUCCUAAAUGUCGAACAGGAUAUGCUUUUCGAAAUCAUUUUGGCCGCUAAUUAUCUGGAUAUCAAACCAUUAUU